UCUCCUCGCCCCACUUUAGGGGAACCUCCAGGAUGCUGCCGGCCGGCUGCCAGGCCUCGGCAACCUAAGGACUCUGGCCAGUGAUGUGCAAAUGCUGAAGAAAAGGCUGGGCCUGUACCCGAACCCAGAGGAGGUCAACAACAUGGUGCACUGGGACGUGCUGGAGGAUUGCCUGGUGGGCAGCAAAAGAGAACGAGGUAGAGAUGGAGGAAGACCCAGAGGAGAACAAGAAGGAGACCAGUCUGCCACCAGCAGGUCUCCCACUUCAGAUGUGGACACCCCACAAGGGGCAAGCUCAGUGCUGGGAUCUAGAGAGAGCUCAGUGGGGCUGAAGGAUCCAGGGACAGCUGUAACGGCCCCUAAGCAGCUGGCAGGAGUUCCCUCACAUCGGAGGAGGGAUGCUAGCACCAGUGUGAUGAUGCAGACAGCGUCUCAGGACGUGCAGACCACCAGCCUGGGGACACAGCCACCACAGCUGGAGUCCACGGGCACGCAGACCAGCAGCCUGGGGACACAGCCAGCACAGCCGGAGUCCACGGGCGCGCAGACCAGCAGCCUGGGGACACAGCCGGAGUCCACCGUCCCUCAGACCACCAUCUCAGGGGAGCGGCUCAGCACACAGCUUCACCAGGCUGGCCCCCUGGCAGCAGGGACUCUCUUGCCGACAGCCCAGGGAUUUGAGAUCCCACUGGAUGCUGAUACCAGGGCCACGUCCCACGUGCAAGAGCUGGCCUUGCCCUCGAGCUCCAGCAGUGCCUACCACAAUGCCUAUAAGUGCUACGUGGAGACGGUGGAGGCUCUCAAGCAGAUUGGGCAGCUGAGACACCUCUACGCUGCCCUGAAGGAGCAGGUGGCCCAGAUAGAAGCCACCAGGUUGGAGCAGACUGAACUGGAGAAGCUGCGCCUGCUCCUCCAGAAGGGAGGCCAGGAGAGCGUUGCCGAUGUGCUGGGUGACCUCCAGGCCCAGGUGUCAUCCCUGCAGGGCCUGGCCAGUGACCUGCAGGGCUUGUCCAGGGAGCUGCAGGGGGUGGCCAGGGAGCUGCAGGGAGAGAAGGGGAAGAUCAGGAAGCUGGAGAGUGCCCUUGGCAAACUGGAGGCGGCCAGAGCCAGCUGGCAAAUGGAUCUCGGCGACCAACUCAGCCUGCCACUGGGGUCCACACCGCAGGAGGUAAAGCGGGACAUGAAGGACCUGCCAGAGCAUCAUCAAAUAAGCAAGGCUGCACUGGAUCAGUUGGUGACCCAGAUGGGCGAGGAGGGGCAGGAGCAGCUGGAAGAGGUGAGAGCGAUGGCGAGCACGGGGCAGGAGGAAGCAGUAUGCCCCACGUGCAGCAGCGACACCAGCAUGCGUUUGGGGAAGCUUCUGCGGAGCUAUGAGAAGCUGCAGAGGCUGGUGGACUCCCUCAUGUCGAGGAAGAAGACGGGCAAGGUGGUGCAGCAGCUGCCAGGGAAGAGCCAGCAGGACCAGGAGGUGCUGAAGCGCAUCCAGGCUGCCGUCCUGCAGAUGCAAGGGGAGUAUGAAAAGCUCAACUCUGUCAUGGGGAGCCUCCUGGAUGACAGUCGCCAGCAGCAGAAAGAUAUCGAGGGUCUGUUGCAGUCCAUGGAGAGGCUGGAGAAGGAGAAGGCAGACAAGGACGACCUGGAGCUGGGAAUGGAUGAGAAAGCAGACAAAGACGCCUUGGAAAGCAAAGUCAGCCGCACCCAAUUUGAGGCGAGCCUGGAGCUGCUGAACAAGAGAAACCAGGAGGUGCUGAGCCGGGUGACAGGCCAGGAGCAGGGGCUGCACGAGGUCCAGCAGCAGCUGCGGGAGGAGAUGGCCUCCAAGCUGGAUCGCCUGGAGCUGGGGCCAUUCCAGCAACAGCUGGAUGGACGCUGGAAGGGCAGCCUCGAGCAGCUCAAGGAAAUGGCACCACCAAUGGAAGCUGACGAUGCAGCUGGGAUUAGGAAGCAGCUGCUGGUGGAUUUCCAGUGCCUGUCUUGUGACAGGCAACUCAGCAUGCGGAUGCCUAGCUCGCCUAUCCCGCCCAUCCCGUCCUUUCCACCGCUGGUCCCUCACGUCACUGGGCAGUCCCACCCCAUUCGGAAGACAGAGCAAAUCCACAGGGAGCGGAUGGCUGCAUGCAGGUACCCCACCGUGCCACGGCAGUGUGGGGGCCAGCGUACCCUCACACACCCGCUGCAGCGCAGCCUGCGCCUCCAGCCGGUCCAGCCCAGCACCCCACAGACACUCCAGCCACCCACCCUGCUCCCCAGCAAGCAGGACAACAUAGAGCUGUUGGGGCAGGGCAGCCGCAGGGCUGGCCCCUGCCCCUCAGACCCAGGCCCCACUGGCCCACUGGAACACAGGUCAGCUUCAUUCCACAGCCACCUCCUCCAGGUACACCAGCCCCAGCCGCCCCUCCAGCCCCGCAGGACGGAUGCAGCAUCCCGGCAGCCGGGCAGGACUUGGGGUCACCGGCUGAAUCCCAGUGCCCCGGCACCCCAGCAGGCAAGGAAGUAGCUGCCAGCAGCAGCAAUAAAUGGUGAUGCUCAGCAAAGCGCCUGUGUGGCCUGAGUGGGGGAACCCUGGCUUGGGAUCUGCCCUUGGCCUGUGGCCACGUGUCACUGAAGGAGCUGAAAACAGCCCCUGGCCACCCUCCCUGCUCCUCAUCCCCAGGGUCUGGGCAGCCCGAGCUUCUGCGCUCCCCCUGGCUCCUCCAUGAUCCCUGUGUGGCCCCGAUGGCCCCUGCUAGGGGAGCCUGUGGCCCCACAGUGGGGCUGGGGGAGCUGAGCAGUGCCAGCAGCAGCAGGAGGAGGAGGAUGCUCAGUGGCUGCUGAAGGUGACAGCAAAUUGGCACCUGGGUGGGAAGGGCGGUGGUGGCAGCACACGGUGAGGGACAGCUCUCAACUCCCUGCUAAAAGCAGGGAAUUUGCCCGUAUUGUUGCCCUUGUUUUCUGAUUGUGAGUAUUGCAGUGGUAUUGGUGAAGAGCACAGCGCAGGAAGGGGCUUCAGGGCUUCAUGCUAGGGUUGGCUUCCUUGGUGUUCUUGUCAAGGAAGGCAACAUGUGUGGCUGUACUGCUUCUGGCAUCCAACUUCGAUCAUACCCAGCCCUUAAUUCAUCAAUAAGCCAUGACAUCAGCUAGCUGGGGCCAGCCAAGACGGUGGAGAUUUGGUGCCUUAAAUUGCCCAGGAGAGCUAACUCCCACCACAACUAGGCUGUGUGGACUUCUGAGGCUAGGGCUCAACUCCCCUGCCUUCACAAGUCUACAGAAUAAAAGCUUAACACUGUGUCCCAUUGAAGCCAAAGGACUGUAGUCAUCCGCCCAUGUGUGGCUGUUAAGAGACUGUGCUGUUGACUUCACUGUCUGUGUGGACCGUGCAAGCAACAGCCUUCAAUCCAAGACUGUAGACCCUUGAACUGUCCUGGAAGCCCUGGUAUCAA